CCCGACAAUAUUUUACCGCCCAAGCCUAUAUUGAGGCCGAAUAUCCCAAACUUAUCCAAAAAAAUAUUAAGAAACUAGAUAUCAGCAACUUGGAUUUACCAGGAGAAUUAGAUUUGAGUAAUUUUACUAAAUUAGAAGAAUUAAAUUGUGCUAAUAAUUUACUAACUCGAUUGGAUUUAAGCGGUUGUGUUAAUUUAAAGAAAUUAAAUGGGGAUGGGAAUGAUAAUUUAAAAGUUUUCUGA